AUGGAGGGCCUUUACUACAACGUCAAAUACGGUUACAUCGAGGGCAUCGUGCGCGGUUACCGCAAUGCACUGCUCACCAGCCAGAACUACAGCAACUUGACCCAGUGCGAAACCAUCGACGAUGUCAAGCUGCAGCUCUCGCCCGCGUACGGUGACUUCCUCAACAACUUGCCCCCGAACCCGUCCACGUCUGCGCUCGCCGCGAAGACCACCGACAAGCUCGUGGCCGAGUUCCGCUAUCUCCAGGCCAACGCCACCGGCUCGCUCUCCAAGUUCAUGGAAUACCUGACGUACGGAUACAUGAUCGACAAUGUCGCGCUGCUGAUUACGGGUACCCUGCACGAGAGAGAUACGCGCGAGUUGCUGGAAAGGUGUCACCCGCUCGGCUGGUUCGAGACCAUGCCGGUGCUGUGCGUGGCGACCAACAUUGAGGAACUAUACAACUCCGUCCUGAUUGAGACGCCGCUCGCGCCCUACUUCAAGGGCUCGCUCAGCCAUCAGGACCUCGACGAACUCAACAUCGAGAUCAUCCGCAACACCUUGUACAAGAACUAUCUAGAGGAUUUCCAUCAGUGGAUCAAUUCCUGCCCAGAUAUUGCCGGGACACCGACUGCAGAUGUCAUGUCGGAGGUUUUGGAGUUCGAGGCCGACCGCAGGAGCAUCAACAUCUCCCUCAACUCGUUCGGUACCGAGCUGUCCAAGGCAGACAGGAAGAAGCUUUACCCAGGCUUCGGUAAGCUAUACCCGGAGGGAACCACAAUGCUCUCGAGAGCGGACGACGUAGAGGGUGUGCGAAUCGCUGUUGAGAGUGUUGCCGACUACAAAAUGUUCUUUGACCAGACCGGCCUCAGUGGAGGUGGCGGUGGUGUCGGCAACAUGGCCGGUGGUGUCGGUGGCGAGACGAGGAGUCUCGAGGAUCUCUUUUACCAGAAAGAAAUGGAGAUCUCGAAGCUUGCAUUCACUCAUCAGUUCACUCACGCCAUUGUGUACGCAUGGGUGAAACUGCGCGAGCAGGAAAUCCGGAACAUUACAUGGAUAGCCGAGUGCAUCGCGCAGAACCAAAAGGAGCGCAUUGGUAACUACAUCAGCGUCUUCUGA